AUGACCAAGAAAUUCGAGUUUAACUGGCAGAUCCCCGUCCCUGAUCUCCUUCUUCAGGGCGCGACCUUCGAUCGGUGGACAGAAGAGAAGGACAACACAGAGUUCGAACAGAACUGCUUGUUCAAGGUCGACGAGUAUGGCUUCUUCAUAUACUGGAAGAGCGAGGGCAAGGAUGGUGACGUCAUCGAGCUCUGUCAAGUCAGUGACGUCAGAUCCGGCGGAGUGCCAAAGGAUUCAAAAUUAAAUAUGAAUUUGGUGAACAAACACGGAGAAAAUUUAGAAGAAAAGUCAUUGACAAUAUGCAGUGGAACAGACUACAUCAACAUAAACUACCAACACGUGGUGUGUCCUGAUGCAGCAACCGCCAAGGCAUGGAAAGAGGCUCUCCGGGAGAUUACCCACAACAACAAAAUUAACAACACCUGCCCCCGGACUAACCUUAUGAAACAUUGGAUGCGCCUCUGUUUCCUAACAGACCCUCGAGGAAAGGUUCCAGUUAAGGUGGUCGCCAGGACCUUCGCAUCAGGCAAGACUGAGAAACUAGUAUACCAGUGUCUAUCAGAACUUGGUCUCCCAUCAGGAAAGAAUGAAGCAAUGGAGAAGGAAGCAUUCACCUUUGACAAGUUCUACGCUUUGUAUCACAAAAUCUGUCCUAGAAAUGAUAUUGAGGAACUGUUUCGGUCUAUCACUCAGGGCAAAUCAGACCGCAUCAACUUGGACCAGUUCGUGAACUUCUUGAAUGAGAAGCAGCGAGAUCCUCGACUGAACGAGAUCCUGUACCCCCUCUAUGAUGAGAAGCGAGCUGCUGAGAUCAUCAACACGUAUGAACAGUGCGAUGAGGCGAAGAAUGACAAAUGCCUCACAAAAGACGGUCUGAUCCGCUACCUGAUGUCUGACGAGAAUGCCCCAGUGUUCCUGGACAGGCUGGACAACUAUAUGGACAUGGACCAGCCCCUGGCUCACUACUACAUCAACUCUUCACACAACACCUACUUGUCUGGUAGACAGUUCGGCGGCAAGAGCUCCGUGGAGAUGUACCGGCAGGUCCUGUUGGCUGGAUGCAGGUGCGUGGAACUCGACUGCUGGGACGGCAAAGGGGAAGAUGAGGAACCAAUCAUCACCCACGGCAUGGCCAUGUGCACAGAUAUUCUCUUCAAAGACGUGAUCUAUGCGCUAAGAGACACUGCGUUCGUGACUUCAGAUUAUCCUGUGAUCCUCUCCUUUGAAAACCAUUGCUGCAAGGCCCAGCAGUACAAGCUGGCGAAGUACUGUGAUGAGAUCCUCGGAGAUCUGCUGCUGAAGGAAGCCUUGCCGGAACAUCCUUUGGAGCCUGGAGUACCUCUACCACCACCCUCAGCCCUGAAGCGUAAGAUUCUCAUCAAAAACAAGCGGCUGAAGCCUGAAGUGGAGAAACAGGAGCUCGAGCUGUUCCGUCAGGGACAGUUCGUCAUUGAGGAUGAGGAGAAGGAAGACGCUUCUGCCGUUGCUAUUCCGGAUAAGAAGCCCGAAGAAAUAGUAGCUGAAGCAGCAUCAGCAGGUGAUGACGCUCCCCCUCCAGUGGCGUACACUGGGUCCACCACCAACGUGCACCCCUGGUUAUCCUCCAUGGUCAACUACGCACAGCCCAUCAAGUUCCAGGGCUUCGAAGAGGCUGACAAAAAGAACAUCUACCACAACAUGUCUUCGUUCGCGGAGACCACCGGCAUGAACUACCUGAAGACACAGGCUAUCGACUUCGUGAACUACAACAAGCGACAGAUGUCCAGGAUCUACCCUAAGGGUACCAGAGCUGAUUCUUCUAACUACAUGCCACAGGUGUUCUGGAACGCCGGCUGUCAGAUGGUGUCCCUCAACUUCCAAACGUCUGACCUGCCGAUGCAGCUGAACCAGGGCAAGUUCGAGUACAAUGGAAACUGCGGUUACCUUCUGAAGCCUGAUUUCAUGCGACGAGCUGACAGGAGCUUCGAUCCCUUCGCUGAUGCUCCUGUAGACGGUGUGAUUGCUGCUCAGUGUUCUGUGCAGGUCAUCGCCGGCCAGUUCUUGUCAGACAAAAAGAUCGGUACAUACGUAGAGGUGGACAUGUACGGUCUACCGUCAGAUACCAUCCGUAAGGAGUUUAGGACUCGCAUGGUGCCAGCUAAUGGUCUGAAUCCGGUCUACAACGAGGAGCCGUUCUUGUUCCGAAAGGUGGUACUACCAGACUUAGCAGUGCUUCGUUUCGGUGUAUACGAUGAGAACAGCAAGCUGCUGGGCCAGCGCAUCCUGCCUCUAGAUGGUCUCCAGGCUGGGUACCGCCACAUCUCACUCAGGACUGAAGCCAACUUCCCCAUGUCGCUGCCCAUGUUGUUCUGUAAUAUCGAGCUGAAGAUCUACGUGCCUGAUGGGUUUGAAGAUUUCAUGGCGGCUCUGUCGGAUCCCCGAGCGUUCAUGGGUGCUGCUAAGGAAAGAAAUGACAAAGUCAAGCAGUUGGGCAUUGAGGAGACUGGCCCGGAGAAGAAAGUGCAGAUCGAGGAGAAGAAAGAAGAACCUCCUCUAGUCUUCGAGCCGAUCACAGUGGAGUCUCUUCGCCAAGAGAAAGGCUUCCUGAAGACUGGCAGGAAGCAGCAGAAGGAGUUGGAAGCCAUGAGGAAGCGCCAUGCUAAGGAGAAGAUGGCACUGCAGAAGACCCAAUGCUCUGCGCUGGAGAAGAUGAUUAAAGGAAAGAAUAAGGACCAGCUAAGCAAUGAUGCUUCCUUCCGCAAACUGGUGAAUGAGCAAGCUACAGCUUGGAGCGAGCUAGUAGCCAAGCACAGGGUGGAGGAGUGGACCAGCGCCCGCAGCCGGCUCAACGAGCAACGUGACCUGCUGAAGAAGAUGAUGGAAGCUACCCAGCUGGCACAGAUGAAACAGCUCGAGGGAAAACAUGAGAGGGAACUGAAAGAAAUGAAUGCCCGUCAAGCCAAGAUUAGCAUGGAGACUAGCAAGGAGGUCGCCAAUGACAAGACCUUGAAGACCAAACAGGAGAAGGACCGACGGCUUAGGGAGAAGAAACAGAACAACACCAAGAAGUUCUUGGAUGAGAGGAAGACUCAAACCAUUAAGCAAAACCGUGAGAAGGAAAAGCUUAAGGUGACCCAUGACAAGCAGAUGGAGGAACUCUCUAAGGAUAUUGAUAACCUGAUCGAGAUGUACAAGAUGGAGGAGUCCGAGUUCGACAUGACAACAAAAACGGAGUUCUUUGCAUGA